AUGACUCAGACAAGCCCUACGGACAAGACCCAAGGUGUCAUAGAUGUUGAAGCAUUGAAGAAAGAAAUUCGCGAGCAAAUUUUAUCCGAACUGAAGGAACAAAAACCAGAACAAAAGCCAGAGAGACCAAAGAGAAAACUUAGUGAAAAACAACUUGCUGCAUUAGCUGCUGGAAGACAAAGAACCCACGUUUGCUGGCGAAAAAAGCUAG